UUGUUUGCCACUCGCCAUCACCAUGGCACCCUGGACCAGCGAGUGCCCCUUAUUAUGACAACCGGCACCUUCGAUUGAGAACGAGCACUUCCACAGCAGAAUUAUAUCGAUAAUCCACGAAGAUGGAUUUCGUGGAAAAUCUGGUCAAACGGCAAAAUUCAACCGAAUACUUCGACAUCGUUAUCGGACACAUCGAGGACAUCGUGAUCGGUGAAGAUUUCCAGACCAUGGUGAACCACUUCAUGGACUGCUACUACCACCUCUUCGACCAGGGCGAGGAGAACAAGAUCGUCUACACGGAAAUCUACCAGAAGUACACGAGCCUGAUCGAAACGUUCAUCGUGGAGAGCCUCAACGACAAGAUGAGCUACUUCGACAUGGACCGCUUUGCGGUGGAACUGGAGAACAAAAAGUCCCAACUGGACGGGGAAAUCUUCGAGCUGUUGUACACGUUGACGGACUUCCUCGCCUUCAAGGACAUGGUGCUGGACUAUAAGGCGUUCAAGGAGGGAGUUUAUGACGAUCUGAGCAAGGAUUUCAGCGUGACCAGUCUGCAGCAGAGACAGUGAGGACUUCUUCAACGUUGGUUUAUUUUAGCUUUGUGUUACAUCUAUAAUUGGGUUGCCAAUAAAAACGGAAAAUUAUUCGUGGAAAAG